UCAGUUUCCUCUGGCGCGUCUGGAAUGAAAGCUCCCCAUUCAUUCCGCGAGCGGCAGCAGGGCAGGGCGGACGGCGGCGCCUUGCUGACUAGGACCACGCGGCCACUCCUCCGGGAGGGAAAGGCGGCGGCGAGUAGGCAAGCGCCUUGCCAGCGCCGAUCCCCCCGCCAGCCCUUGCCACCAUCCACCGGAGCUGCGAUCGAGGGGGUGGUGAGGAGGGGAGAGUAGGACGGGAGAAGCCCGGCGCCUUCUAUCGUCCCGGAGGAGUGCGAGGGGAAAGAUGGGUCUCCGGCGAGACGGGCAGGCUGCGCCGCUGCGCCUCUGAGGCGGCUGCUGCUGCUGCAGCAGCGAGACAAGCCGGCUCGCCAUUGUUAGCAGCAGUUUUGGGACGCCCGGCGCUGAAAGCCCACCUUCCGGAUCCCUCUGCAGGCAGAGCGAGCGAGCGAGCGAGGCUCCCCUCCGGGCGCUGCUGGCGAUCAGGGCGGCGUCGCGGCUCUGCUCCCGGCCGGUCCCCUCUCCGCCAAUGACCAGGGACUUCGCCCGGGGAGGAAGGAGCAGCGCCCCGAUGAGCCGCUGCUGCUGCCGCCUCUGGCUCUUUGUUUUCCUCCUCAAGAAUGUGGCGCCUUUCCAAGUGACGGUGCAAGAGGACAACUGCAUAGUCAUUUCCCUUGAAGCAGCCGAUGUGAGCUCCCCGUCCUCCGUGUAUGUCGUGAAGAUUGUCGGCGAGUCCAAGAACUAUUUUUUCCAGUUUGAGGAAUUCAACAGCACUUUACCUGCCCCUGUGGUUUUCAAUGCCACCUACCAUGGCCUUUAUUACAUAGUGACUCUGAUGGUAGUGAAUGCAAACAUGGUUUCUAAGCCAGCUAGAUCAAUCAUUGUCUUAACCAAACCUCUACCUGUCACCAGUGUUUCCAUCUAUGACUAUAAACCAUCACCAGAAACUGGAGUAUUGUUUGAAAUCCAGUAUCCAGAGAAGUACAAUGUUUUCACCAGGGUGAAUAUAAGCUACUGGGAAGGAAAAGACUACCGGACAAUGCUGUACAAAGAUUUCUUCAAAGGAAAAACAGUUUUCAAUCACUGGCUGCCAGGAAUAUGUUACAGUAACAUCACAUUUCAGCUGGUGUCUGAAGCAACAUUCAACAAAAGCACACUGGUGGAAUACAGUGGAGUGAAGCAUGAACCCAAGCAACACCGAACAGUUCCCUACCCCCCUCGAAAUAUAUCUGUGAGUAUCGUGCAUAUGAACAUCAAUGAUACGUGGGAAGAACAGAGUGGAAAUUUCCCAGAAGAAUCCUUCUUGGGAACAAAGACCACUGCGGGACAGGAGAAAGUGACUCAGGCUUUGGAUGAUCUGCCUGAACACCCGACAUCAAACACUUCCUUUCCGUGGCCUGACUACCACUUUAACAGCAGUGAUUAUGAAACCACAUCUCAGCCAGAUUGGUGGAUUAAUGAACCAGACUCCCCGGAGAAUGAAGACGAGUUCGUUAAUGCAGUGCCAAAAGAUUACGAGGACAGCAGCCCUACUGUGGAGGUUGGAAAACCUACUCCUGAGCCUCCCUCAUUCUUUCCAGUGCAAAUGGUGCUGAGUUGGUUGCCUCCAAAACCACCCACAGCAUUUGAUGGCUUCCAUAUUAACAUUGAGAGAGAAGAGAACUUCACAGAAUUUCUGACAGUGGGUGAAGAUAUUCAUGAAUUUGUUGCUGAUCUGAAAGAACCAGGGAAAUAUACAUUAUCUGUUACAACGUUUAGCUCCUCCGGCUUGUGUGGUGUUCGAGAAAGCCAGUCUGCCAAAACGCUUAGUUUUUAUAUUAGUCCUACCGGAGAAUGGAUAGAAGAGCUGACAGAGAAGCCUCAGAAUGUCAUGGCGACGGUGCUGAGCGCGACCACGGCUUCGUUAUCCUGGACGACCUCACAGGAGAGCAGCAGCAGCAACAAUACAAUCGUGUCUGUUGUGUCCUUGACGUGCCAGAAACAGAAGGAAAGUCAAAGGCUUGAAAAACACUAUUGCACUGAGGUGAAUACAAGCAGCAACUUCAUUGAAAACCUGGUCCCCGGUGCUCAGUAUCAGGUUGUGAUUUACUUACGGAAAGGACCACUGGUUGGGCCUCCUUCUGAUCCUGUUACGUUUGCCAUUGUCCCCACAGGGAUAAAGGAUUUAACACUUUACCCUUUGGGGCCCACUGCUGUCGUGCUCAGCUGGAACAGGCCAUACCUCGGUGUCUUUCGGAAGUACAUUGUAGAAAUGUUUUAUUUCAACCCUUCAACGAUGACCUCGGAGUGGACAACAUACUAUGAAAUUGCAGCGACUGUCUCAUUAACGUCAUCCGUGAGAAUAGGCAACCUACUGCCUGCCUGGUAUUAUAACUUUCGAGUUACCAUGGUGACUUGGGGAGAGCCAGAACUGAGCUGUUGUGAUAGUUCCACCAUCAGCUUCAUAACAGCUCCAGUAUCCCCUGAAAUCACCUCUGUCGAAUAUUUCAAUAACCUUCUCUAUGUCAGCUGGAUCUAUGGUGAUGACAACACAGACCUUUCUCAUUCUAGAAUGCUGCACUGGAUGGUUGUUGCAGAAGGGAAGAAAAAGAUCAAAAAGAGUGUGACACGGAAUGUCAUGACCACAGUGCUCAACCUGCCCCCAGGGGACAUCUACAAUCUCUCGGUGACUGCUUGGACUGAAACCGGCAGCAACACCUCAGUUCGACAGGUUGUGAAAGUGGACCCAGCUCCUCCGAGAUCGCUCUUUGCUGUGAACAAGACUCAGACUUCUGUGACUCUCCUGUGGGUGGAAGAAGGAGUUGCGGAUUUCUUUGAAGUUUACUGCCAGCAGACUGGCUUGGGCCAGGACACAAAGAUACAGGAGCCUGUUAAUGUUUCUUCACACGUGGUGACCAUCUCCAGCCUUCUGCCUGCCACUUCCUACAACUGCAGUGUUACCAGCUUCAGCCACAACAGCCCCAGUAUACCCACCUUCAUUGCUGUCUCCACUAUGGUUACAGAGAUGAAUCCCAACGUGGUGGUGAUCUCCGUUCUAGCCAUCCUGAGCAUUCUCCUGAUCGGUCUGCUGCUUGUAACGCUUGUGGUCCUUCGGAAGAAACACCUGCAAAUGGCCAGGGAGUGUGGAGCUGGAACCUUUGUCAAUUUUGCUUCUUUGGAGAGAGAUGGAAAACUCCCAUACAACUGGCGUAGGAGUGUAUUUGCUUUCCUAACUCUGUUACCCUCCUGCCUCUGGACUGAUUAUCUCUUGGCAUUUUAUAUUAACCCUUGGAGUAAAAAUGGAUUGAAGAAGAGGAAACUGACUAACCCUGUCCAGCUGGAUGACUUUGACAGCUACAUCAAGGAUAUGGCGAAAGAUUCCGACUACAAGUUCUCUCUGCAGUUUGAGGAGCUGAAGCUUAUUGGGUUGGAUAUCCCUCACUUUGCUGCUGACCUUCCCAUGAAUCGCAGUAAAAAUCGCUACACUAAUAUCCUACCUUAUGAUUUCAGCCGUGUUCGAUUGGUUUCGAUGAAUGAAGAAGAAGGCUCCGAUUACAUUAAUGCCAACUAUAUCCCUGGUUACAACUCUCCGCAGGAGUACAUUGCAACCCAGGGGCCACUGCCAGAGACACGGAAUGACUUUUGGAAGAUGGUACUCCAGCAGAAAUCGCAAAUCAUUGUUAUGCUUACACAAUGCAAUGAGAAAAGAAGGGUAAAAUGUGAUCACUAUUGGCCUUUCACAGAAGAGCCGGUUUCAUAUGGGGACAUCACAGUGGAGAUGCUGUCUGAAGAAGAGCAACCAGAUUGGGCAUUUAGGAAUUUCAGAAUCAGCUAUGCAGAUGAGGGGCAGGAUGUGAUGCAUUUUAAUUACACAGCUUGGCCUGAUCAUGGAGUCCCUCCCACAAACGCAGCAGAAAGCAUCUUGCAGUUUGUACAGAUGGUCAGACAGCAGGCAACAAAAUGUAAAGGCCCCAUGAUCAUACACUGCAGUGCCGGCGUGGGACGGACAGGAACGUUUAUAGCACUGGAUCGGCUCUUACAGCAUAUUCGCGAUCAUGAGUUUGUAGAUAUAUUGGGGCUGGUGUCCGACAUGCGGUCUUAUAGGAUGUCCAUGGUACAAACAGAGGAACAAUACAUUUUUAUUCACCAGUGUGUGCAAUUAAUGUGGCUAAAGAAGAAGCAGCAGUUUUGCAUCAGCGACGUGAUAUACGAGAAUGUCAGCAAGUCAUAAUUCCGAGUCACAGGCGGUUAGAACAUGAAUUACAUCCAUCUCCCCCUGCUUCAGAUUUUUCUUCAUUUCUGGUUAUUUUUUGUUGUUUUUGUUGUUGUUUUUUGUUCAACACUUACUUGUUUGCCAUGGAUGGUGGCUGCAUAGCAGUACAUGGACAAAUAAAAAGAUGGUUCUUUACCUUCAGAAGCUCUGGGAAGACAUCGCCUUAAAGAACCUGCAGUGUCUUGUUUAGACUCUUUACUUUAUGGACCUUUUAAAAACAAAAAUUAGUAAUACUGGACCAAAUUUGACUCAGUGAAAUUAAUAAAAGGAACAAUGUAAUAAUGUGCAUAAGCAUACAGCACUCGAGAAGGGUUUUCUGUCUUCUUUUUAAUUACUCAUUAAUUGUAUUUAACAUGCAGGUUGGGCUUAAAGGUUACGGAAAGUGCAAUAUUCAAGGUUCUAUCCGAAUGAAGAUGAGCUUUCUCCAUGUACCUCUCACCUCUGGUGAGGUCCGAAAGAGGCAGGAAUAGGCAGGGUUAGUUUUGGAUAAUACCUCAUUAGCAUGUAGCAAGGCAUGAGAAGACUGUGGAUCUUGGGAAGAGGACACUGGGCACAUUUGUCUAUAUUUAAAUGGAACCUCCAACGUGCAGCAUCAAGCGGAGUCUUUGAUAUCUUCCAGAAAUGAACUGGCUCAAAGCUAAGUGAGAAAGCAGAAGAGACUCAGACUUUAGUUUCAGUUCCACCUUUUGAAGGAUGACCAUUCCAUUGGCCCAGAGACCGGUGGCCAACUUUUCUUCGAAUUUCAAAGCGUUCCGGAAGUUAGAAUUUCAGAGUCGAAAUGUCCAUUUGCCUGUUCGGCCAGCCUGCUGGGCAAAGAAAAUCCCCUCACACCUGGAUUUUGAGUGGAACUGUGGACGGACACCAUGUGCCAGUGGAUGAUGACCAUUCUUUGCGAUGAGCCUGGCCCAGGCUCCACUGUUGUAUCAUUUAGUUGUCCAAGCCAGUCUUUGGUGCCUAUACGUUUUCCAUUUGCUUGUUUUUGUUCAUUUCUAUGUAUUUACUCUGUGUUUAAAAACAAAACAAAAAAGGAAGCUUGUCAGUGUUGUGGGGAGGGAGGGAAAAUAAGGUGCAGUGACAGAUAAAGCUUCAUGGCAUUGAUGGGCUAGGAAAUGCAGCAAUGAGAAUUUCUUUUGGCAUGCUAAGAGCAUUUGAAUGACUCCUUUGCUCAGCAGCAAGGAUUGUGUAUCGGUCUUUACAGUACUGCAAUGCGUUUCUUCCAGAAAUGUUAGCAUAGCCUGCUAUGUUUCUUCUUUUCUUUUGUAAUUACAUGUAUCAUAUGUUGCAAUGUGGUUGCCAUCCAAGUGGGCAUUGAUGGUCUUUGGAGUGAGCUUUUGUUUUCUCUCUUUUGAGUCGACUUCCAUUUUGUUGGAAACUUCUUCAGGAAGUGAUAUUCGCUCCACAGGAAGGAAGCAAAAUGAAAGAAGUCAAGGGGAAAGUAAACAUUGUGUGUCUGUA